AUGGUACAGUCUGGGUUAGGAUGUCUAGCCUUUUUGAUUUUAACUGUAGAGAGGGCCAGGUAUCUUCUGGAAAAUGCAUCAGAGAGCACACUGGUUACCACAAUCACGGCAGCUGUUUCUCAUCAUGACUCUCUAGUUGGAGAUCCUGUUAUUAUUAAUUCGAACCCUGUCGUCCAUCCAUUUGUGGUAUUUCAUAAAGCUGCAUAUCAGUGGGAACUGACAACAGCCAAAGACCCUAAACUGGACUUUGAAACAGUGGCUUUCUACACUGCCCAGGACAGUGGAGGCAAGUCAGCAUCUCAGACCGUUUUAAUCCAGAUUGUGGAUGUCAAUGAACCACCACCAUUCAUUGGAUCACUUGCCCAAGUUGACCAAGUUACAGAGAUUUAUAUUGCAGAGGACACUGCUGUAGGCACGAGCCUUUACAGAGUGAGAGCCAAGGACCCGGAGAAUGCUGCCUUAAAGUACUUCAUUUUCCCAGAGGAUGCAGGAUUUGCCAUUGAUGGUAUUGGAACCAUAUCUACAACAAUGACUUUUGACUUCAACAGAGGAUCCAAAAGUUUUUCAUUGGUUAUUAAAGUGGCUGACCCAGGAGGACUUUUUAUCAUGGGAAACAUAAAGAUCUUCCUCAUCAAUGUAAACAAUAAGGCCCCUAUUCUCACCUGCAGUUUAUUUAACAUCAAAGAAGCAGUCCUGACUCCUACCCUGGUGAAAACAACUCCUACAGAAGGCAAUAUCACACUCACUGAAGAAACUCCACUGGGGAAAACUGUGGGUGCCUGCCGAGCUGCUGAUGAAGACCAGAUGGGAUGGCUCACCUUUGAACUGGACCCAGGGAAUAGAUACUUUGCUAUUGACAAAGAGGGCGGAACUGUGAUGAUCGCUAACCAUCUGGAUCUGGAGGAAGCUGACUUUGUGAGUGUUCAGUCCUUUGCCAUUAAGGCAUGUGAUGAAGGCCAGCACUGUGCAGCUAUUUCUGUGAUAGUCUACAUUCAUGGGAUCAAUGAUAACCCACCAUUCUGUGAUAAAUAUUUGUACAGGUAUAGAGGCAUUGAAGUGAUUGCAAAUAAAACAAUUGUUGCUAAAUUGGUGUGUCAUGACCUUGACAAGUCCCCUGAUGCAAUUCAGUAUGUUCCUAAUAGUGGACCACUUGGUGAGGGAGAGUUAUUUGAACAAGUACAAGACUUUGACAAUGUCAUAUGGGUGACCAAAGACUUGGAUUAUGAAAAACCAGAGGGUUCUGCAGUGGGUCAUACCUAUGAGAUGAUGGUUUCUGUCUUUGAUGACAGCAGGUCCUCCCAUACAGUCACUGUUAUGAUCAUUGUGAAAGUUGUUCCUGAAAAUGAAUUUAGUCCAGCUUUUAGGCCUGCAAGUUACUCAUUCUCUGUUUCAGAAACAUCAGGAGCCUCCUAUGAAGUUGGAAGAGUGAGUGCUUUUGAUGAAGACAAUCCACUGAGCUGUGCGAGGUACAAAAUAAUCAGAGGAGACGCCCAGCAUCUUUGACUGUUCUGGAUUCAUCCACUAACUGGAAUGAUAGAACUGACCACCCAGCCAGACUAUGAAUCUGUGAAGCAAUAUAACCUCACCAUAGAAUCUGUAGAUUGUGACCAAACUCAACCAAGAACAGCUGUCACCACAGUUACAAUUGACAUAAAGGAUGAGAAUGACGAUGAGCCUGUCUGCAAACCAUCUAAAUAUAAGGCAGUCAUUUUUGACAGUGUUGCUGCUGGAACAAACGUCAACAGCUUCAAGCUGAGCUGCCAUGAAGACUCAUGCGAUACUGAAAUGAGCUUCGAGAUAGUUUCUGGUAAGGGAUUUUAGAAUGAUAAUCAACAUUUUGGAUUUGAUUCUACUCGGGCAUCAAAUACCCCAAAGCUAAUUGUGAAAAAUCCUUUUAACUUCAAGUCUGGGGCAGAUUUUCACCCACACUAUCAUCUUGUGGUACACAUUAUUGAUGACAAUUUGCAGCAUGGCCAAGUUGUGUAUCCCCGAACAGGGACUGUCACGAUAGAUAUUUCUGUGAUGCCGCAAAAUACACCAGCUCCUCCAGUCACCAAUUUUGAACAAAAGAAAGGUGUGACCAUUGUAUACACAUCUAUAAACACAUACAGUCCCAAUGACUGGUAUAUCCCUUUCAUCUUUACACUGAUGGCAGUUUUCCUGGCUGGGUUGCUUGCCUGUACAUGCUACCUUCUUGUGAAAUACACCAGCAUUACAGUCAGGUGCCAAAAGCUGACCAAAGAGCUCUCUAAGCCAAAAAACAAGGUGGAUGGGGUGAGCAAACCUCCCAGGCCUCCUCCUAGGAGGCUUCUUACCUUAGAGGCCAUCUUGAACAUUUCUGUGAAGUCCUUUAAUGUCUAUUCUCAAUUCACCGGGAAUGUAUAUGAAUAUAAUAGCAAGUUGGGAGCUAGGAAACGGAAGAUGGCCAACAUACAAACUGUCUCAGAGGAACUCCCUACUGAUGAGCCUACUCAAGGAUCACAUAACAUUUUCUGUCUCUGGCUACUUUCCUGCCUCCCCCUCCCCCCCUCUCCAGAAACAGGCAAGAUUGCGCUGGCUCCCCCUGGUUGCUGCUCUUGGGGUCAGCGUCCCCGGGUUUCAUCUGUCUCCCCAGCCCAGCCCAGCCCCAAGCACUCUGACAAUGAACUUGGUGAUCAGCAAACAAAAGCACGCUGGGACCUCUUCCUGUUGACAUGGCAACAUAACCACCAGCUGGCUCCCACUUGUCAGGGCUCAGCAUUUUCAGCGACUAGAAGACUUUGCCAGUGGCACCUGAUUACCAGGGGAGGCCUUUCUCAGUCACUUCUGGGAUUUAGAAAAGCACUUCCUCUGCUGCUUGUUAAAAGAUAG